AACCGAGUGCUUGUUUCCUUAGGAAAAGGCGCUUCUCAUGCUUACGCACGGUUACAGCACCAAGGUUACAGCACCAAGGUACCUGCCGCAGGUACUUGUACAAACCUGCCUUAUCUUCUUUCAGUAACAUUCUUUCCGCCACAAUCCGUGACACACCCUAAACCUCUGGGCUUCGCAACAUGGCCCCGGUCCAGUAAACUUACACGAGAGUAGCACCGGGUCAUAGUCUGUAAUGUUGAUAAUACAAUGGGCACCCAUAAAAGGGUUCGCUAUGAAUGGGGCAAAACUACCAAUCGGUCUGAACACCUGACCCUCCAGUCUCCUACCCGACUAUCACUCUUGGCCUCUGCCUGAUCUCCUCAUCUUGCACCUGGGAAGUUAUGGACACCAAUAUCGACGCGCCGCGAAUAACACGGAAACAGCCAAAGUUACGCGCCAGCUGUGACAGAUGCGGUGCUUCCAAACUGAAAUGCGACCGCGGCCAGCCCGAGUGCGAGCGUUGCAUCUCUCACGGCGUCCCGUGCUUCUACGGGUUGUCACGGAAAAUGGGGAAGCCGAGGCGGGACAAACAACAAUCACAGUCGGGCGUGACUACAACCGCAGGCGGUCUCGACAGGAGCGGGACAGGAACUGGUGGCACUACAAGUGAUGGCAUUGCAAUUUCAGACGCUGCUGCCGGCGCCAAUGAGCAGUCAUCUGCGGGCGUUACCGUUGCUGUCAGUGACGUGUCGACCACCACCACCACCAUCACUAACUGGGAGCGGGAGGCUGUGGAUGACAUGGGCCUGGAUGCGUUAGCAGGCCUGUACCGUCAUGACGGCCAUCAUCAGCCCCCGGCCGGGCUCUCAGCAUCUUUCGCUCCCUUCGACUUCAUCGACUGGGCGAGCCUCGCGGACCAUGCCAAAGCUCACGACAAUGGGCCUUUCUCGGCUACCGGCCGCUACUUCGGCGGGCCAGAGAUUGCAUCGCCCAACAUCAGGAGCCACUCAUCGAUCGGCAGUCCGACCCCCCAGCCCGCUGCGACUCCGCACAAUUCCUCUGAGGCCAGUAGUCUGCCGUCUACCGCGGGCAGCAUCCGAGGGGGAGGUCACGACUGCGCUCUUGAGGCGUACGAAAUCCUCAAGACGCUGUCCUCUCUCGACCGGGAACUCGGCAGUGGCACCCCCUCAUGUGGCCUAGAUCAUGUGCUACGUCUCAACCGCAAGGCAAGCGAGGAACUCAGUCGCCUACUGGCCUGCCCCUGCGUAAGAUCUCCACACCUCUCACUGCUCUACGUGUCCGUCAUCUCGCGCAUUCUUGACUGGUACCAGCAAGCGGCCAGCUGCACCACCGCCAAGCAAGCCGGGAGCCCUCUCUCCUCGUGGAGCAGCCCUCCCAGCUGCCCUUCAAUCAUGGCAACAGCCAUAUGCAAAACGAAACCGGAGAAAGAGACGGCGUUGGCAUCGUCUUUAUCGUCUCCGGGUGUCUCCAGCCACGCAUCAACUGGAGGUACCACGAUCAUUGGCCCUGGCUCUGGUCCAACCAGUGGGACCAUGACCGGUAUCGCUCCAGUCAAGAUGGCUAUCGGUACCUUCGACGUCGACGACCUUGGCAUCCAGAAUGCAGUGAAGAUCCAGCUGCUGUCGGGCGAGCUUCGUCGAGCUGGUCGCCUAAUCGAUCAGCUCACUGCUCAUUAUUCCGCAGCCAGCGCCGCCAGCGCCAGCAGCUCACGGCAUCCUAACGGCACGGACGAGACCGGUAGGCUCCUUCUGCACGGCGUCGGCAUGUACAUGAACACGAACACGAGCAACCUGUAUCACAGCCUAGAUUCAUGGCUGCGAGGCGAGCAUGCGCGGAUUACAAAUAUGAUGCGGAUGAUCUUAAAAGAGUUGAAUACCUGAGACUAGACUGCCCGGUAUAGACUGGUUUUU